ACUGUCCAAGUCCCAUGUUGGGAGAAUGUUCGGAGGCCGACAAACUUUGCCUUAUUGCGUAUAUAACAAUCCGUUUUUGGUGCUAAACCAAAAAUAAUAUAUAAAUAAGUUGGUGUAGGUUCUGUAAAGAGAUUUGUGCGCCUAAAUCUUUCAUGUGCGAGAUAGUUAAAAAGGUGGCGAACAAGAAAGAGAAAGCAUUCGUGGAGAAUAGCAGGGGAGGUGUCUACCAAAAGCAACACAAUCAAUGGUCGUUCAUGUAUCAGCCGAUGAUGACAGAAGAAGCGAUGCUGCUACCAGAGGUUAGUAGGGAAAGGGAGAUGUCAGCCAUGGUUUCAGCUUUGACUCAUGUCUUAGCUGGCGACAUCCCUGAGGAGCUGCCACCAGAUGACAACUUGGAUGGUUUUGAUUCAACUACAGUCGUCGAUAAUAACAGUUUUACUACUUCAUCAUCCGGAUUUGGCGGGAAAAAGAGAGAAAGGGAAGAACAGGAGGAAGGCGAUGGAGUAAUGGCGGUGGAGGGUUUAGGCCCGUUUUCUGCUGAUGUACGAGUGCUAGAGGGUAACAACCCGGCAAAAUUGAUCCCAUUAUAUGAAUACAAGAGCAAUGAGAAGUACAGAGAAGAGCCAAGGAGGAGAUACAGGGGAGUACGACAGAGACCAUGGGGAAAAUGGGCAGCUGAGAUAAGAGACCCCUUCAAAGCUGCUAGAGUUUGGUUAGGCACAUUCGACACCGCGGAGGCCGCCGCCAGAGCCUACGAUGAAGCAGCCCUUCGCUUCAGAGGCAACAAAGCUAAGCUCAACUUCCCUGAAAACGUCAAGCUCAUAUCACUCCCGCCGCCGCCGCCUCUCGCCAUCAAUCCAACAACAACCCACUUCCCUAUUUCAGAUUCUCCCAACACCCUUUUCUCCAUUCCAUCAUCUCAAGUCUCCGGCCAAUAUAUCGACUAUACUCAGUUUUUUCGGGGUUCCGGCAAUUAUUUUCAAAGUCAAUCACAACAGCAACAGCGGCGGCUAAUCGUUUUGUCAACUUCAUCUGGUUCUAGCGGACAAUCUUCAUCUUCUUCUUCAACACCGACUUCAUAUCCUCUCGUUUUCCCAAUUCAAACGUCAGGUCAGAACCUCAACUUGGGCAGCAGCAGUGCAAGUCAAGGUGGCGGUGUUGGAGAUUUUUGGGUGCAUGCUUGGCCAUCAGAUUCUGGUGAUUAUUAUACAUCAACCUCAAGAUAAAUGUCUUCCUUAACUAUUACUAGUAAUUAUUGGGUUUUUGGUCAUUGUAUGCCCCGUUAUUAUAGGGUGCGACCGUGCGACUUCCUUUUAGUGGUUUUUAGGGAUUAGAGAUAUUUUUUUCAUACUCUAAUUUUAUAUUUAUUUUUCUUUAAAUUAUUAGCUUGAUUACAAGUAGAAA